GACGGAGUAAGUACGAUCUGGACUCCUCUCACGGCGACGCGUGCACGAGCUACGUGGAGACAGUAGUCGGGCCGCCGGAAGCCACGCCGAGUCACCGCCGGCGUGUCUCCGUGUCCGGACACGGCGAAACCGAGUGAUCCAUCUCUCUGUUCCAGACGUACGUGUGCAAGGAUUUAUCCGGAGCUCUCAGCCCCUUGAACUUGGCCGGGUUACCCGGCCUCGUCGGUGCGCAGCUAGCUAGCGCCAGGUUCUGCGCAAGCAAGGUAGGUGCCGUUCGUCACGGAGCACGUCAAGCAGGGCAAGCAGACAAGCUCGAUCGCGUCGGUGCAGAGGUUUCAUCAGCUCGCAGGCGCACAGGCGUCGGUGAAGGUGCCUCGACAGCGGCAACACGGUUGUCCUUCUUCUUUUUUUUUGUUUAAUUUCUAGGCGCCCCUUGCAUUCUUCCUGUACAACGUUGUCGUCCAGACUAUAAAUACACGUGCAAGGGCUAAGCCAUGGGCACGUAGAUACCUAGAACUUUAUUGCCCUGGUCUCGCGUGUUUGCUGUAGAACUCUAAAUGGGGUCGCUGCAUGACGGUGGCAGCAACAAUGGUGGCCGCCAGGAGGAGGCGAGGCGGCGGUGGUGCGCGGUGACCGGCGGCCGGGGAUUCAUGGCGAGGCACCUGGUGGCCGCGCUGCUCCGCUCCGGUGAGUGGCAUGUGCGGGUCACCGACCUCGCCGCCGAUAUCGUGCUCGGCCCCGGCGAGAACGAGGGACUCCUCGGCGAUGCCCUCCGUGACGGCCGCGCCGUCUAUGCCUCGGCGGACGUCUGCAACCUAGACCAGCUCAUAAAAGCUUUUGAAGGGGUGGAUGUUGUCUUCCACACAGCUGCUGCGGAUUCUAGCAAGAAUAACUUGCAACUUCACUAUAAGGUCAACACCGAGGGUACAAAGAAUGUAAUUGAUGCUUGUAUGAUCUGCAAGGUGAAAAGGCUUAUACACACCAGUUCUAUUGCUGUUGUGUUCGAUGGAGUUCAUGGACUUCUCAACGUGAAUGAAUCACUGCCAUACCCAGACAAGUUUCCUGAUGCAUAUGCACAAACAAAAGCAGAAGCAGAGAAGUUAGUUAUGAAGGCCAAUGGCAUUAAUGACCUUCUAACAUGUUGCAUACGCCCUGCUAGCAUUUUUGGACCUGGUGACAUAGUUAUACCAACUCUGGAUCAGUGCGGAAAAACACAUUUUAUUUUUGGUGAUGGGAAGAAUCGUGAUGAUUUUGUGUAUGUUGAAAAUGUGGUACAUGGUCACAUUUGUGCUGAUAAGACUCUUUCUACUAUGGAGGGUGCAAAAACUAGUGGAGGCAAAGCCUACUUUAUAACGAAUAUGGAGCCAAUGAAUAUGUGGGACUUUCUAUAUAUGCUUCAUGAAGAACUUGGAUACAAAAGAUUGUUCAAGAUAAGAAUACCUUUGGUUGUCAUCAAGCCAGUAAGCUAUUUGGUAGAGUGGGCAUAUAAUGUUCUACUACACCAUUAUGGAUUUUGCCCACCUCAAGUGCUAACACCAACAAGGAUCAAGUAUCUGACACUGCAUAGAACAUUUAGUUGUAACAGAGCUGCUGAAGAACUUGGCUACAAACCAAUUGUGACACUUAUGGAUGGUCUGAAGAUAGCAGUCAAAUCAUAUAUUCGGUUGCGAAAUACAAAUUCAUAUUAAAGACAGAAAAGGCUAUCACCCUGAGAUAGCAUGUUUCUUGUUGGAGAUAUAAAUAGAUAUUCAGAAAAUGUCAUAAGCUAGCAAAGGUCAGAAGUGAUGAAGUUUCCAAUAAAUAAAUUUCAGCGAUUGCACAUGCAAAUCUUGGCAGGCAAGCUCAGCCAUGGUGGAUUGUAAUUUAGUUUUGAUUAAGGAUAGAGUGUAACCUCUUAAUGAUCAAGCAUGUAUUUAAGUUACGUCAACUGAAAUGUAAAUAAUGUCAACAUUUGUCUCUUGACGUGCAUUUCUCGUAUGAAAUAUACGUUGAUCUGGCACUCCCUUUUUACGUGACGCUAGCCUGUGUGUAUUUGACAAA